AAUAUACACCUCGGUUCUAAAAAACUACACAUGUUUAUUCGUUAAAAGAACUAUAUUUUUUGAAAGUAUAUUUUCAAAGCGAUUUUGAAAGGUGAAAAAAUAUACUCUCUAAUUAUAUCAUGAUUGAAAGCGGCAAAAAUACAAAGUAAUAUGGCAAACACCCUUUAUUCUUCAAUCUUAUCUUCCUUUCUUGAGGAAUAUAUACUGUACCCACUUCCAUUGGUAAAAAACAGACAAAUGAAACUAUUGCAUUGAUUCCUCUCAAUGUCUCUUCUCCAACACCGACUAUAUGCUCCAUUAAAUAUGCCUGCAUCCUAUUUUGUUUCUUGUAGUAUGCUAGUAAUCUCCAUUCCAUACUAAAAACCACUUAAAUAUGGCUUCCAAGAGAAUACUAAAGGAGCUCAAGGACUUGCAGAGAGAUCCACCCACUUCAUGCAGUGCAGGCCCUGUGGGAGAGGACAUGUUCCACUGGCAAGCAACCAUUAUUGGUCCAAAUGAUAGUCCGUAUGCUGGUGGUGUUUUCCUUGUCACCAUUCAUUUCCCUCCUGAUUAUCCCUUCAAACCUCCCAAGGUUGCAUUCAGGACCAAGGUAUUCCAUCCAAACAUUAACAGCAAUGGAAAUAUUUGCCUAGACAUACUCAAAGAACAGUGGAGUCCUGCUCUCACCAUAUCCAAGGUUCUACUCUCUAUAUGUUCUCUGCUAACAGAUCCAAAUCCUGAUGACCCUCUUGUGCCUGAAAUUGCUCAUAUGUGCAAGACUGACAAAGUUAAGUAUGAGUCCACUGCUAGAAGCUGGACUCAGAAAUUUGCCAUGGGAUAAUAAGAAUCUCUGCCAUCUUGCCUCCUUCAAUACUUUUCUGAAAUGUCCUAACAAAUGUCCUUGAAUUUUUGGCAUUAGUGAACAACAACAUGCAUACAUAUAAGAGUUAUUCUCAAAGUUUGUAUUGGAGCUUGCUCUCUAUGAAUAAAUGCUACACUCUCUUUUGGUUCU